GCAAAGCAAGGGUUUAGGCCUUAUUGGGUCUCCAUAUAUAAGAUGCUGGCGCCCUUAAACCUCCGAAUCCCGCCGGCGCCUCCUCUUUCAUUUCUGUCAUUCAAUCGCCAACCUCACUUCCGCUGCGCCUGUUCUCCUUCCAUUUUUGCUUCCGCCGAAUGUCCUGUUACGUUGCAUUAAGGAAGGUGUUAAAAUGGAACAGGAUCUCUCCAAUUCUCUUCAAAAUUCAUUGAAGCUGACGUCUAGUAGUCCUGCUUUCGCAACAAGGAUGCAGUCAGGAUCACCCAUGGUAACUGACGAGGAAUUUACUGGCAAUGUGAAGGCACAGUUGGCAAAACUGUUUGGGUUAUCGCUUAAGCUGACUGCUCCUGAAGAGCCAGAUGUAGAGCCUCUUGUAGCUGCUUGCACUGCCAAAUUUGGUGAUUACCAAUGUAACAAUGCGAUGAGCUUGUGGGCCAAAAUUAAGGGGAAACGAACACAGUUUCGGGGGCCUCCUGCAGUAGGAGAGGCAAUUAAGAACAAUCUUCCUCCAUCUGAGAUGAUAGAAUCUUGCUCCAUUGCAGGACCUGGAUUUGUAAAUGUUGUAUUAUCAAAGAAUUGGAUGGCUAAGAGCAUUCAAAAGAUGCUUAUUGAUGGUAUUGACUCAUGGGCACCAAAGCUUUCGAUCAAAAGGGCUGUGGUUGACUUUUCCUCUCCAAAUAUUGCAAAAGAAAUGCAUGUUGGCCACUUAAGGUCUACUAUUAUUGGUGAUUCACUUGCUCGCAUGCUUGAAUUUUCGAAGGUUGAGGUGCUUCGACGGAACCAUGUUGGUGAUUGGGGGACACAGUUUGGUAUGCUGAUUGAGUUCCUCUUUGAAAAGUUUCCUAACUAUGAAGAUGUCAAUGAAAAAGCUAUUGGGGAUCUGCAGGCAUUCUAUAAAGAAUCAAAGCAGAGAUUUGAUGCUGAUCCUGACUUUAAGGAGAGGGCCCAAAGGGCAGUGGUUCGCCUUCAGGGUGGGGAAGACAGGUAUCGCAGGGCAUGGGCACAGAUAUGUGAAAUUAGCCGGAAUGAGUUUCAAAGGGUUUAUCAACGGCUUGGAGUUCACCUAGAAGAAAAGGGAGAAAGCUUUUAUAAUCCAUACAUUCCUGGGGUGCUUAAGGCUUUAACUGAACAAGGACUAGUUGAAGAGAGUCAGGGUUGCCAGGUCAUUUUUAUUGACGGUUUUAAUAUUCCUCUUAUUGUUGUGAAGAGUGAUGGUGGUUACAACUAUGCAUCAACUGAUAUGACUGCUAUUUGGUACCGAUUAAAUGAAGAGAGAGCUGAGUGGAUUAUAUAUGUUACUGACGUUGGGCAGCAGCAGCAUUUUGCUAUGGUGUUCAAAGCUGCCCAACGUGCAGGUUGGCUACCAGUUGUGGAUCGCUCAUACCCUAAAGCUAGUCAUGUUGGUUUUGGCCUUGUUCUUGGAGACGAUGGCAAGCGCUUUAGGACUCGAAGCUCUGAAGUAGUUCGAUUAGUUGAUUUACUCGAUGAAGCCAAAGCUCGCAGUAAAAAGGAACUUAUUGACCGUGGUAAGGGUCAGGAAUGGACUGAGGAGGAUAUUGAGCAAACUGCUGAGGCAGUUGGUUAUGGUGCUGUCAAAUACGCCGACUUGAAGAAUAACAGAUUGACCAAUUACACAUUUAAUUAUGAUCAGAUGCUCAAUGAUAAGGGCAACACUGCUGUUUAUUUACUUUAUGCUCAUGCUCGAAUCUGCUCAAUCAUCAGGAAAUCUGGUAAAGACAUUGAAGAAUUGAAGAAAACGGGGACACUGGUAUUGGACCAUGUUGAUGAGCGUGUCUUGGGGCUUCAUUUGCUGCAAUUUGCUGAGGUUGUUGAGGAGGCCUGCAUGAAUUUAUUGCCAAAUGUCUUGUGCGAAUACCUCUAUAAUCUAUCAGAAAAAUUCUCAACAUUUUAUCAACAAUGCAAGGUUGUUGGAUCAGAAGAAGAAACAAGUAGACUCUUAUUGUGUGAAGCAACAGCUGUUGUUAUGCGGAAGUGCUUUUAUCUCCUUGGAAUCACACCCAUUUACAAGAUAUGAAAUCUGUAACCCCUACACCUUUUGGGUUUAUAAAAUAUUUGCUUCCUCCAUAACUUUACCUGUUGUAUACUGAUUGCCAUGUUUGGCUUAAUUCCACACCAUAGUUGUCUGGCAUUUGAACUUAAUGGAAAAUCUAUUGUCUUUACCUUUUUCAUUUUUCUUUUUCUCUUUUUUUUUUUAAUUGAAUAAAGUAGAAAUUUCUUA